ACGACCCUUUCCUCGACAUGUCAUGGGUUGGGUUUAAAAAAGCUGUCAAUCGUGCCGGAGCACAUGUGAUACUACGCACAAACAAAGGUGAGCCCUCUGUUGAUCCUGAGUUUGACGUCCAGGAGGCCAAUUUCCGCAAACUCGAGACUUACACCAACGAGCUGGACCAGGAACUAGGCCGUUUUGUGGGCAAUUUCGAGAAUCUGCUCGAGACUCAGAUAAAUAUGGCUAGAACACUGGACUCGUUUUACGGAGACUAUAGCUUUGAGCUCAAGGCUGAUAAGCGGUCGGAAGCUGCGGAAGCGGCAGAAGAGCACAAGGUGAACCCCAGAGAUGGUAUUUCUCUGAAUUAUCUGCAGAUGGUGGAAGACAUCAAAGACAAUAUUCUGCCAGAAAUUCUGGAGCCAAUGAGCAUCACGGUCGUGGAGCCGAUUAACGAGCUGAAGAAGUACAACGACGAGAUCAACAAGCUGAUCAAGAAGCGCGCACGCAAAAAGGUGGAUUACGACGUUUCACGAUUCAAGCUUUCGAAGCUGCAGAGCGAGUACGAAGCGAUUGAGCGACAGGUGACCGAGCAGCAUCACACCGAGAAAACAGACCAGUUACAGAAGAGCCUGGACAAGCUGCAGAAGUUCAAAGUUGAGUACGACGAGGCAGAAAAUAUCUACACGGACAUCAACACACGGCUCAAGAACGAAAUCGAGCAGUUCAUUGCGCUGCGACUGUCACUGGUGGACCCUACCUUUGAGAGUUUCAUCAAAAUCCAACUCAAGCUGUAUGGCGACAUAUAUGCCAGGCUGGAGCAAAAGCAGCAGCAGCUGGAUGCCAUGACUGUUGAGGAGCAUGAAGAGGACAAGCUUGACGCAAGGUUGGAGGAGAUACUGUCCCGUAUGAGAGCUCUAGAUAUUAAAAAUUUAUGAAUGCUUAGAUGGGCUCGGCGAAAAUGAACUCCUUCAGCUCAGAGUACGCCUUCUCAAGGUCAUCGUUGACAAUGACCUUGUCGUGUCCACCUGCCCUGGCGUACUCCAUCUCCGCAGAUGCAGCAGCAAGCCGCUUGGCAAGAGAUUCAGGGGUCUCUGUUCCACGGCUCUCGAGCCUCUUCUUGAGCUCUUCGAUGGACGGAGGAGAAAUAAAGAGGAAUCGGGCUCCCAGGUUGGUCUUCUUGACGCUCUUGACACCCUGCAUAUCAAUGUCCAAAAUACACGUUCUCUUCAUCACUUCGGCCACGUCUUGCACAGCUUUCACAGAGGUGCCGUAGUAGUUGCCGGAGAACUGGGCCCAUUCAAUGAAUUUGUUUUCUUCAAUCAUCUUCUUGAAGUCCUCUACCGUGGUGAAGUGGUAAUCGACACCGUCUUUUUCACCAGGUCUAGGUUUUCUCGUGGUGUUGGACACGGAAAAUCCAAACUUGUCUGGGAACUCAGCAAACAGCUUCUUCAG